CCCAAAACAACCGAAACCACCACCACACCGACCACUACAGCGACGUCAACUACUACUGAAAUGACUACCGAAACCAUCACCACGCCGUUCACUGCCGCGGUGUCACCCACUACCGUGACGUCAACUAUUACUGCAACGACUACAACACCCACGACAACCGACACCACCACCAAGCCGACCACUGCCGCGGCGUCACCCACUACCCCGACGUCAACUACUCCUGAAACGACUACAACUGCCACGACAACCGAAACCACCACCACGCCGACCACUGCCACGGCGUCAACUACUACUGAAACGACAAUAAAUCCCACGACAACCGAAACCACCACCACACCGACCACUACCGCGACGUCAACUACAACUGCAAUGACUACAACUCCCACGACAACCGAAAGCAGAACCACGCCGACCACUAGCGUGGCGUCAACUACUCCUGAAACGGCUACAGCUGCCACGACAACCGAAACCACCACCAUGCCGACCACUACCGCGACAUCAACUACUACUGCAACGACUACAACUUCCACGACAAGCAAAACCACCACCACACCGACCACCACCACGCCGACCACUACCGCGACGUCAACUACUACUGAAAUGACUACCGAAACCACCACCACACCAACCACGCCGGCCACUACCGCGACAUCAACUACUACUGAAACGACUACAACUCCCACGACAACCGGCACCACCACCACGCCGACCACUGCCGCGGUGUCAACCACUACCGCAACGUCAACUACUACUGCAACGACUACAACUUCCCACAACCACGCCGACCAGUACCGCGACAUCAACGACUACUGCAAUCACUACAUCUCCCACGACAACCGAUAG